GCCGCCCCCACCGGGACCGGUGCUCGGCGAGGAGAGUCCCCGGAGCCCGGGGGGGAGCCCCGGGAACCCCGGGCUGAGCCCCCCCCCCCAACACCGCAGGAGCCGGACUUUUGGUUGUGGGGUGACGCCACCCACCUGGGACCCCCCUUGUCCCCCCGCUGGGACCCCCCCGUCCCCCUAUUUUUUGGGGUCACCAUGCAGGAGAACUACGAGAACGUGAUUUCCUUGGCGGAGGAAAUCGCCAUCAGUUGGCCGCGCAUCACCGCCUUCGCCGAGUCCCACCGCAGGCGGGGGCUCGUGUCGGGCGUGGAGGCGGAGGGGGAACAAGGUCAACCAGAGCCCACCCAGAUCCAACCCUCGGCGGGGGCCGGCUCCAGCGAUGGGGGGGUGAACACCGAUUUACGCCGCCAGUUGGGCCUGAUCCUGCAAACGGCCGGCAGGAGCCAGGUGGAGAAGAUGCUGCGGGAGCUGGUGCGGGAGCAGGGGCAGGGGGGGAAGCGCCGAAACCGCAAGAAAACACCCAAAGAUGGAGGUGCCGGCACCGGGAGUGGGACCGAGGAGGAUUCGGCACCGCGGGACGGCGAGGAGGCGGCGCUGGAGGAUGUCGAGCAGUGCCAAAGUGGGGGGCAAGCAGGCGACCCCCCCGCCGGCGGUAAAGGGAACGGGGGCAAGAAGGGCGGCACGGCGGCGCCGGCGUCCCGGGGCGGAUGCGCCGAAUGCGGGAUGAGGAACCGGUCGCAGAGCCUGGCAAAGCCGCGGCGGUGCUCCGAGUGCGGGCGGCGGUGCCGGCAGUCGGCCCGGCAGCCGGAACGCGGCGGGGAGAAGCCGCACCGCUGCGGCGACUGCGGCAAAGGCUUCAGCCGAGGGUCCAACCUGGCCCAGCAUCGGCGCAUCCACACCGGGGAGCGGCCUCACCGGUGCGGCGAUUGCGGCAAAGGCUUCAUCCAACGCUCCGACCUGGAGCGGCACCGGCGGGUUCACACCGGCGAGCGGCCGUACCCUUGCGGCGACUGCGGCAAACGCUUCAGCGUCAGCUCCCACCUCGACCGGCACCGCCGCACCCACGCCGGGGGACCCGGCCCACCCGCCCAACCCCGCGCCCGUCCCCGACCGCCACCGCCGGAGGGCUCGCCGGCUCCUCACCGCUGCCCCGAAUGCGGGAAGAGCUUCGCCCAACGCUCCGCUUUGGCCAAGCACCGCAAGACCCACAGCGGCGAGCGGCCUCACCGCUGCGGCGAUUGCGGCAAGAGCUUCAGCCGGGGCUCCAACCUCACCCAGCACCGGCGCAUCCACACCGGCGAACGGCCCUUUGCUUGCGGCGAUUGCGGCAAAGGUUUCAUCCAACGCUCCGACCUGGAACGCCACCAACGGGUGCACACCGGCGAGCGGCCGUACACGUGUGCCGAGUGCGGGAAAAGCUUCAGCGUCAGCUCCCACCUCGACCGGCACCAGAAGAUCCACGCGGCCGAACGGGCAUCCUACCGUUGCCCCGAACACCUAGCCGGCUUCUUGGCCGCUCACCGUCACGGUCGCCUCUUCCAGUGCGCCCAGUGCGGGCGAUGUUUCAGCCAAGGCGCCGCGUUGCUCAAGCAUCAGCGUGCCCACGGUGCCGGAGGGACGGUGGGGCAGCCCCCCAAGUGCCCGGAUUGCGGCAAGAACCGGGGCAACGCGGUGGGGUUACGUCCCCGCGCUCAACAGUGUCUGGAUUGCGGGAGGGAAUCGGACACCGGCGACGGUGAAACGGCACCGCCGGUACCGCCGGAGAAACCCUAUAAGUGUGGGGAGUGCGGGAAGGGGUUCGGGCAACGGUCGGCGCUGGUUAAACACCGGCGCAUCCACACCGGCGAGAAGCCCUACGCCUGCGGGGACUGCGGGAAGGGUUUCAUCCAGAAGUCGGACCUGACCAUCCACCGCCGGAUGCACACCGGGGAGAAACCGUACCGCUGCGGCGAGUGCGGGAAAUGCUUCAGCGUCUCCUCCAACCUCAUCACCCACCAGCGCACCCACCUCGGCGAGAAGCCCUACCAGUGCCCCGAGUGCGGCAAGAGCUUCAUCCAACGCUCCGAGCUCACCAUCCACCAGCGCGUCCACACCGGCGAGAAGCCCUACAAGUGCCCCGAGUGCGGCAAGUGCUUCAGCCGGAGCUCCCACCUCAACCGCCACCAACGCACCCACGCCGGGGACAAGCCCAAAGCCGCCGCCGCCGCCGCCGCCGCCAACCCCUCCGGCGCCUUCUCCGGCGCCGCCUUCUCCCCGCCGUUGGGCGGUUCGGCGGCGCCCGUCCCCUCGCUGCCCUCCUUCCCCGCCUCUCCCUCGCCCCUGCCCAUCCCUCCCCUCUCCAGCCCCACCCUGGACCUGCCGUGGGCCCUCUCCUUCCCCGCCCGGGCCUUCCCCCACCCGUCCUUCCCCUCGGCCCCCGCCUCGGGGGCCCAGACCUCCUCCCUCAUCAACUGAGCGGUGCCCGGCCCCCGCCGCGGCUCCGGCCUCCUCCCCACCUCCCCAGCCGCUCGCCCGACACCCACCCGGGGGUUGGCCUCCGAGCCCCCUCGUUGGGGGGCGU